AGUCACUAUCGAUAGGGAUGUGACUUGAGGAUUGUAAAACCUUUCUCCCCUUCUCUUCCACCCUUCUCCUCUCUGCGUAUUAAUUUCAAAUCAUACCAUAUUGGAUUGCAACAGCCAUGGCUGGUCGAGAAUUAACAAAGAGAGGAGAAAGAAGUAAGAUUCUGCUGGGAGAAUUCUUGGAAGGAAAUAGUUUGGCAUUCCACAUAUUUUGCAGCUGGCAGAUCUUUUUAAAGUUAAUAGCAAUCUGGAUUAUACUUCUUCAAUUGUCAUCUUUUGGUCAUACAUAUGUGCAACCUGAUUAUGAAGGAGAAGCUCUAGUUGAGUUUCUGAAGGCUCUAAAUGACACCAAUAAAAGAAUUACAGAUUGGAGUGUCUAUCUUGUGUCACCAUGCUAUAGCUGGUCUCAUGUCACUUGCAGAAAUGGGCAUGUCACAACCCUGAGUCUAGCAUCAAAUGGAUUUUCAGGAACCCUUUCACCUUCCAUUACCAAACUGAAGUUUCUGGUUAGCUUGGAAUUACAGAAUAAUCAUCUAUCGGGUGUGUUGCCUGAUUACCUUGGCAGAAUGGAAUGGCUACAGUACCUAAAUCUUGGCAAUAAUAGUUUCAGUGGGUCAAUACCUGCUACCUGGGGUCAGCUUUCCAAUCUUAAUCAUCUCAGGAUAGUAAGUGGAAAUAAGUUGAGUGGGCCUAUUCCUGCCUCAAUCACAAAUAUUACAGGAUUGUUGGAAAUUGAUCUUUCAUCCAACGGCUUUAGUGGGAGAAUUCCACCAGAACUGUUUAAAGUUCCACAAUUCAAUUUUGCAGGAACUCAUCUCGAUUGUGGAUCUCACUGGCAGCAGCCUUGUGUUUCACAAUCUUCUGUUCCUGCUUCAACUAGAAAGUCAAGACUUGGAGUUGUACUCAUAGCUGCAGUUUUUGGGGCAAUUAUGCUCCUAUCAAUUGGAGCAAUAUUUGCAUAUCGAUACUAUCAAAUUCGUAAACCUAAAAAUGACAUGUUUGUUGACGUUUCAGGUGAAGAUGAGUGCACAUUUUGCUAUGGACAAUUGAGAAGAUUUUCAUGGCGUGAACUCCAACUUGCAACUGACAAUUUCAGUGAAGGCAACGUUAUUGGACAGGGGGGCUUUGGAAAAGUUUAUAGAGGUGUUCUCUUGGACAAUACAAAGGUUGCUGUGAAACGACUAACUGAUUAUCAUAAUCCCGGUGGAGAGGCUGCUUUUCAGAGGGAAGUAGAACUGAUAAGUGUAGCAGUCCAUCGAAAUCUUCUUCGUUUGAUUGGAUUUUGUACAACCUCAUCAGAGAGAAUUCUUGUUUAUCCAUUCAUGCAAAAUCUCAGCGUUGCAUAUCGUUUACGAGAUUUAAAGCCUGGGGAGAAAGGCUUGGACUGGCAGACAAGAAAACGUGUGGCUUUUGGUGCAGCCCAUGGCUUGGAAUAUCUGCAUGAGCACUGUAAUCCUAAGAUUAUACACCGAGAUCUGAAGGCUGCAAACAUCCUUUUGGAUGACAAUUUUGAAGCAGUUCUCUGUGAUUUCGGACUAGCAAAACUUGUUGAUCCAAGAUUGACUCAUGUUACAACCCAUGUUCGUGGAACCAUGGGACAUAUUGCACCAGAGUAUCUCUCCACGGGAAAAUCAUCAGAGAAAACUGAUGUUUUUGGAUAUGGUAUAACACUUUUGGAACUUGUAACUGGCCAACGUGCAAUAGAUUUCUCUCGGCUUGAAGAGGAAGAGGAUGUUCUGCUACUUGAUCAUAUCAAGAAGUUACAGAGGGAGAAAAGGCUCCAUGACAUUGUGGACAGCAACUUGAAGAGUUAUUAUGACCCCAAAGAAGUUGAGAUUAUUGUUCAAGUGGCACUAUUAUGCACUCAGAGCUCACCAGAAGACCGUCCAAAGAUGGCAGAAGUGGUAAACAUGCUACAAGGAGGGGGACUGGCUGAGAGAUGGGCAGAAUGGGAGCAACGUGAAGUGACCCAUAAUCAAGAGUAUUCCGUUAUUUACCAGUUUGCUUGGGCUGAUGAUUCAACACAUGAUCCGCAGGCCAUCCAAUUGUCUGCAGCUCGAUAAUAAGGGGUUCCCAAAUAUAAGAUCAAACUAGUGUCAUUCUUCAAUCAGACUGAAUAAACUCAUGUCAUCAGUCAUCACAGAGGUAAAACAUGUCUUUUCUUUUCCCUCUUGUAAUCUCAUCACGUACCAUACAGAAGUGAGAAAAGUGUUAUGACUGUUAACCUGUCAACAAAUUCAUACCACUGAUUGUAGUUUUAAAUAUCGCAGAGGCCAACACAGGUUUAUC